AUGCCUAACACACAGGAAUCAUUCAGCAAGCCUCGUAGUUCUGGGCUGCACCAUGCAGGUGGCCAUGGAAAGAAAUCCUCACGCUUGCCCAAGUGCGCUCGAUGCAGGAACCAUGGCUAUGCCUCACCGCUGAAGGGACAUAAACGAUUCUGUAUGUGGAGAGACUGCCAGUGCAAGAAGUGCAGCCUGAUUGCAGAGAGACAAAGGGUUAUGGCCGCACAGGUUGCACUGCGAAGACAGCAGGCUCAAGAAGAAGAGAUGGGAAUAGCCCAUCCCAUACCCUUGCCCAGCACAGCAGAGAUGCUGGUGAAGAGGGAGCAGGAUGAUGGCAGCUCCUGCUUACUUUUGGAAACCAAUUGCACUCAGUCAACCAGUUCAGCUACCCCAGUGUCCAGUGGUUCAGUCUCUGACAGUAGGAUGCACGUUCAGGAUAUUUCUUCUAUCGCCAGUAGAGGGCACCUGGAGAGCACAUCUGACUUGGUUGUGGACCCCACUUAUUAUGGAAAUUUCUAUCAACCUUCACUCUAUCCAUACUACAACAAUUUAUACAAUUAUUCUCCCUAUCAAGUGGCUAUGGCUGCUGAGCCCACAAGUGGAAGCGAAUUGGGUGCAAUAAGUGGAUCAACUAUGAAAAACACGCUGAGAAGCCUUCCAGCUGCAUAUGUCCCAAGCCACUCAGGAAAUCAGUGGCAGAUGAAGAGCAGUGAGAAUCGUUUUGCAGGACACGGCACGAGCUCCCAGUACAGGAUGCACUCCUACUACCCUUCAUACCUUGGGCAAAGUGUCACCACACCUUGUGUCCCACCCUUAUUUGCUUUUGAGGAGACCCCCACUUACCAGGAGGGAAAGGCAAGUGUGUUUUCUCCACCCAGCAGCCAGGAUUCUGGCUUGGUUUCCUUGUCCAGCAAUUCCCCCAUUAGCAACGAGAGCACCAAAGGUGUAGUGGAAUGUGAGGCUGGAACCGACGCAGCCCAGUUUACUGGAACCGCCGUUGUCAAGAAUAGAGAGUGAGAAGGCCUCUCUGGGCAAUCAGAAGCAUCUCUUUCAUCACGAAGAGCCCCCCUUCCACAGAAAAAUAACAAAUGUGCCACACUAUACAAUAUCAGUGCGCAUCAUUACAAACACAUGGAAAUCAAUAGUAUACUUGAAUAGAGCCAGUUGUCCCAUGCCACUUUGUAGUUUUAUACAUGCCCCCUUGUUAAUAUUUGGCAUUUAAUUCAAAGUAAUUUGUAUUUUAUUGUGAACACAGAAGCAACGAGUGAUCGGUUAACUACGUGAGCUCUGUGGAAGUUGCAAUGUGUAGUUCAGCCAUGGCUUAGUGCUCCAGGGGUUAAGACACAGCCACUGCCUAUCUAUACCCUAUAUUAAGAUUAAAUGCAUAAUGGUAUGUAUUUCAUAUCACUGUCUUCCCGAUCAAGUUAAAAGUAGAUUUAGAUGUUUAUCUACAGGCAGUAGCUUCAUCAGUUUGCCUUUAUAAUGUAAUAAUGGUUUGUAGCUGAAU